AUGACACUCCGACACCUAGAUGCCGCGCCCAAGACGGAAGACUAUACCCCACUCCAAGAGCAUCAAGAGCAGACGCCGUCCACCUUCUUUGGUGCAAAACCAGUGCUGUAUGCGCGAUAUGGCGGGCUCACACUUUCUGUGCUAGCUUCACAACUCCAGGAAGACGCAGCAUUUGCGAAGCUCAGCACAGAGCCUGACGGCGACGAUGUGCUUGUCAAGAAUGUGGAGAUCUGGGUCAAUUCAGAGAACCUCAUCCUCUUCCAAGACUCGCCCACACCUACCGGUGUAUCAAUCCCGUACCCCUCUGUCGCACUCCAUGCUACAAUGAAAUACAAAUCCACCAUCGAGGCCCUCUACAUGAACAUCUCCCUCAACGACGCCGACACUGUCAACGAAGAAGAAGACAUCAAGACCCUCGAGCUCACCGUGCUCCCGCCCAAUUACGUCUCGAGCCCCGUCGCGACAUGCAUCAUGGACAUUUUCACCGCAAUGAACACAUGCGCAGAUCUGCACCCAGAUCCCGAUGCGAGUGACGACGACGGUGGUGACGAUUUGGACGAGACUGCACCAGGAGCCUCGGGCUGGAUCACGGCGGAAAAUAUGGACGAGUACAUGGACGAGGAUGGGAACUUUGCAGGCAUGGUCAUGGGUGAAGAGUUAGGGCCUGGGGCAGGAAGCGUGAGGCAGAGAGACGAGGGCGAUGGGGCGAAUGGCGUCAACGAACAUGAAGAGAAGUACUACCGUACUGGUUAG